CCAGUUACAUGCAAGCCUACCCUCCGCAAGCCAUAUCCGGCGCUUACCCCAUGGUGCUCGGAUUGCUUUGGGUAAACGAACAACCCUCAAGUCAAUAAUGUUGCGGUGAAAGUAGCCAGCACUGACCCCGCUUAUCAAGACACGGACCUCACCCCCGACGAAAAUCAUGAUCAUACUUAACAGAAUGAGUAUCUCAGCUCUCUGGGUCAGUAUCUCAUUCGUAUCACAGCUUCUGCGAGACACCAAUCUUUGAACAACUUUCACCCUCGAAAUGUUGUCUAGCUUCAUCAAGAGGUCGUCGCUUCAGACGGUCAAGGCUACAGGCCCACAGUGUGCCGAGUCAGCGAAGCAGAGAAAGAUCGUCUUCUGUGACUGGGGGUUUCAUGGCCGAGCCAGUAGAGACGGAUGGUGUUUUACCUAUGUCGACGAGGUGGACUUUGACCCCGAAGAAGACCUGAGAUUCUACACCCGGACAAACCUUGACCAGUGUGGCGAGAUCCUGGCCAAGUUUGUAAAGUCUCAAUUACGAAAGAACUCGAAUUUAAAAGAAUCGAAAGGAUGGAAAUUCGUCUGUCUCAUUGAAGAUGGCCAAAGCCACACAUUGCCGAUCCAAAGGCGGGAUCGGACACCACGAACAAUGCUGCUCUUUGAACGGGUCACACCGUGCCCUUGUGCAGGAAGACAGCAUCCAUACCACGAGUCCAAGGAAUCCAAAUACACUAUGCACCAGAACGAAGAGAUCUCGUCCUCCCCACCAGAUGUCUAUGAAAUCCAUACUCCGCCUCCUCAAUAUCGGAGUCGCGUGUCGACGCUUGCCACUCUUCAGGAAGAUCAGCAAUCUUAAACUGGGGUGACAUCUGCGACGAGGACCGAGUGAUAUGAAGGACCAUCAUGACCAUCAACCUCAAAGCCUCUUUUAUUGAAAGAGACUUGAUUUGACGAAGAAACGACGUUUUUGCUAGCGUUCGAGCGACUUGAGAUGAUGACCACAACGAUAGAUACGAUAUACCAAUCAUAAAUUGGUACUUUUCCCACGAAUCCACAGAUUAUAUGAAUGA